AUGAGCAUAUGGAACUACCGCGCAAUGCCUCUGUCUUUGUCGGGCGUUGUUACGGCGCUCAUGGUGCUCGCUACAUUAUCACAAGCUAUCGUACAAAAUGACUACUUUCAACAACAUCGAAUUCUUGGCAAUAGUGCAAAUUGGCCAUCACUGCUCUUUGAAUUUCAUGUCAAGCGUAGCGACAUGGGAAUUUAUGGACAAACAAAUUUCUCUGUUAUCGCCAAUCCAGUCAUUAUGGAUGAGGAAACUCGUGUUCUUUACGACGUUUUUGCUACGUUUCGUACCAAUAAAUUACAUUACAAUUACACACAAGUGAAUGGCGCUAUGUAUCUUACAACGACAAAAGUAAACUCCAAGACAACAUCGACGCAAUGUUUACAAUCUGAAUUUAACGAUUUCCCACCAAUUAACGCAAUCAUUGCGGCCAUAAAUAUCGCUAAACCUCUAUCGAUUAACUUCUCAAGGUGCAGCAAUGGCAGGUUGUUUAAAGUGACGGUUGAUUCUAUUCAUUUUGCUUUAUGUGUGUCAAACAAUCACGGUUUCAUAAUGUAUGGACAUGAUUUAGACAUUCUCGUUACUUUUCAAGAGAAUCAAGUGAAUAUUGUGACCCCAACAAGUGAUCAUGAUUGUGACACUGAAGUUAUGCCAAGCUUGAUCUCGUUCAUUGGUCGACUUCUCCUCACAGGAACGCUACUACCUCCUCAAGAGAUGCGAGAUUUGAAAGACACAUUAUCUUUCUCAUUACUCGACAGUGACAAUGAGUCGUGUACUUGUAAGUCGACACCUCGUCCAUGUAUCUUUGUGCAUGGCCUCGGAGUGAAGUUUGAAGCUCCAGGUCUUCUGGACUCGAUGAAAUACUGGGGAAAUUCUAUCGCACAUCACGCACCAUGUUGUACUUCGAUCAAGUAUGCACAUUUAAAUACCGUGAACUAUACGUGGACUAACGCGACACAGCAGCAAAAAGUGUGCGACCGCGCUCUCGCAGUGAGCAAUAGUAGCACUGAUUUCACAAUCAAAGAUACUAUCGUUGUCACGCACUCCAUGGGAAGCCUAAUUUUUGCUGGCGCUAUUGCACACAAAAGAUGUGAGUUAGAUCCAAGCUCAACGUGGGUGAGUACAGCUGCACCUAUGAUGGGAAGCAUGGCCUCCGACUUUGCUCAAAAAGUUUGCACUGAGGAUACGGGUUUAUUAACGGAAAAACUUGCCGAUUACAAUGAUCAAUGUCCAGUAAAUGAAGCGAUAAAGUCGUUGGCGUACCAAAAUGGGUCUUACAGCACGGAAAAGCUCAAUGCAGAAUACGCGGCUGCGCAGGAGGUCUAUCGAUCAAAUGUGUUUGCAGUCAUGUGCAGCGAGAGUUACUCUGGAAUAAUGUCAUCAUAUCAAGCAAAGUUUUGGGUUCUUGGCGAGCUCGUUCCGCAUAAAACAAGCAAAAAUGAUGGUACAGUAGAAUUUCAUAGCUGUGCGAAAGGCUUAAACGUGUCAGACUUUCGUGACACGUACAAAAGCCGAUUUUAUCGUACAGAGUUAAAUCACUAUGACAUGCAAUUUCAUAGUGAAGAUGCCUUUUGGAAUCAGGCAAAGAUGCCUUUAAAGUGUGAUGACGAAUUGAUGUCCGUCUCACUCGAGAGGAGCCAUGACUGUUUGCCGUGGAUUGUUCCGUCUCGAACGUCAUGUACCUUUGAGUCGAUAGGAUGGAAGCUUGCAAUGAAUGACAGAAAAUGUUUUGAUGUCGUCACAGCCGCUUCGAAGAAUUGGUAA